AUGGCCGCCCUCGCGCUCCUCCUCCUCGCAACAGCGAGCGUCACACAAGCCCACUUCGGCAUCGAAUAUCCGCCGAUGCGCGCCAACACCCUCGGCAGCAGCCGAAACAGCAGCUACUCCCAGUGGCUACAACCCUGCGCCGGCGUACCAGGCAACCUAACCGACCGCCCCAUCACGCCCUGGCCACUCUCGGGAGGUAGCCUCAAGCUGGACCUGCACCACCCCUGGACCUACAUCUUCAUCAACCUGGGCCUCGGCUCGGACGUGUCCAACUUCAACUACACGCUGACCAACCCCUUCUGGAACGAGACGGGCAACGGCACGCUGUGCGUUCCCAAACUGGCGCUCCCCGCCGACCUGCCUGUGACGGACGGGUCGCAGGCAAGUCUGCAAGUCGUCACGGUCGGCGACGACGGUAAUGCACUGUACAACUGCGCGGAUAUUGUGUUUUCGGCGAACGCGACUGCGUUGGAGGGGAAUGCGUGCGCGAAUAGUACCGGGCUGUCGGUGGUGCCUGUUGUGACCGCAGCUAAUGCUCCGGCUAAUGGUACCAACGGUACGGCCAAGACCGGUACCGGGGCGGUGAAUGGGGUGAAUGCGGCAGCGCUGUCGUCGGUUAUGGCGCUUGCGAUGGUGUUUGCGCUGGGCAUGAGUCUAUGA